AUGAUAAUCAGAAACAUCCACUGGAUCAUUAUGAUCACUUCACUUAUAUCGAUUGUGAAACCAGAUGAGAAACCAGUGAACAAGAAGUUGAUACUCACUAGAUACAACGGAUAUAGAAGAUAUGUUGCCAGACGAAUGAAUAUUUCAAAUAUGUGGAAACUGGAAUGGGAUAAGUAUUUGGUUGAAAGAGCGAUCGAGAUGACAAGUGAACACGACAGAACAAAUAUUAAUUCCGAAGAUUUCUUGAAGUUGAAACAAGGCUCCGACUAUCGAUUUUUCUUCACACAUUUCAACAAUGCAUCUAAAAAAAGAGAAGAAGACUAUACUUUUGAUAAUUUUUAUUAUCCAGGGCUAGAUGACACUAAUUUUCAAAACGAAUGGAAAGGAGCCAGGCAAUUGGUUGAUUGUUAUAAAGAAUCUGUUUAUCCAAUACAAAAAAAGAUCGGAUGCAUUUGGUACAUGAUUGGGACAGCAAAAGACGUGGCACAAUAUCGUACGUACGAUACGUUCUGCUUGCUUGGACCUUACGGCUUCGAUGAAACCCGUGCAUCUAUAGAAUACGGACCGCCCGGAUCAAAUUGCACUGAUGGGCAUGGAGAAGAUGGAUUGUGUAUCCCUGGUCCGGGACUUCAGACGCCUGCGCCGUUCAAAUGGGAUGGAGACGAUGAGGAGGAGGGUGGGAAAAAGAAGAAAAAGAAGAAGAAGGAUGAUGAUGAGGAGGAGUAUGAUCUGGUUCUCAUCUUGACGAAUGGCGCCGGGGGAAGUGGAAUUUCCGUUGUCGGUUUGCUGAUAAUAGUUUUUGUUGGAUUGCAUUGA